AUCUCCUAACCCAACUUGUAAUGUGAACGUCCGCUCUUUCCUCAUUCCACAAGCGCUACAGUUUCCACCGACCUUUCCCUUUAUAGCCCCACAUCAACAAACCCUUCUCCUCUAGUUUCUUCUUUUUCUUUUUCAUGUUCUAGAUCUAGGGUUUUUUUGUUUGUUUGUUUUUUUUUUAAUUUUUUAAUUUUUUAAUUUGAGUAUUUACAAGUCAAAAAAAGCCUUAUUAGGUUACCUUUUUGGUCUGGAAUUUUGCCUCAAUAAUAGUUUUGAUUUCGAAUUUCCGAUCCAUUUCUAUUUGGUGAUUAUAUUGAACUACUAGAACAAGAUUUUUGGUUUAACGAUGGGGGUUUCCAAUUGUGCUACUACUUUGCCGCCGUCCAAGCAGUAUGGGGUGACGAAACCUUUGUCUCUAGCUGGGCCUACGGAGGCUGAUAUUCAGCGUACCAAAGAGUUGGAAAAGUUUUUGGUCGGUGCUGGACUAUAUGAAAGCGCUGAGGAGGCUGCUAAGAGAGAACGAGUUCUCUGCCAGCUUAAGCAGAUUGUGAAGGAUUGGGUGAAAGAACUUACUCGACUAAGAGGGUACAAUGAUCAGAUGGUUGAGGAUGCAAAUGCUGUCAUUUUAACCUUUGGUUCUUAUCGCCUUGGGGUGCAUGGUCCUGGAGCUGACAUAGACACCUUAUGUGUUGGACCAUCUUAUGUGAAUCGAGAGGAUGACUUCUUCUUUGUAUUGCAUAAUAUUUUGGCGAAGAGGGAAGAAGUUACUGAACUGCAACCAGUUCCAGAUGCACAUGUCCCCGUUAUGAAGUUUAAGUUUGAUGGGAUCUCAAUUGAUAUUCUCUAUGCAAGCAUUUCUCUUUUGGUUGUACCAGAUGAUUUGGACAUAUCCAGUGAAUCCAUGUUAUGCAAUGUUGAUGAACCAACUGUAAGGAGCCUCAAUGGCUGCAGGGUGGCUGAUAAAAUCAUUAAACUUGUUCCAAAUAUUGAGUUUUUUCGGACCACGCUUCGAUGUUUAAAGUUUUGGGCUAAGCAGCGUGGUGUUUAUUCAAAUGUAACUGGAUUUCUUGGUGGAGUGAACUGGGCUCUUCUGGUUGCUCGGGUUUGCCAACUCUAUCCAAAUGCUGUUCCGAGUAUGCUGGUGUCUCGUUUCUUUCGUGUAUAUACUCAAUGGCGUUGGCCAAAUCCUGUGAUGCUUUGUCAGAUAGAGGAUAAAGAACUUGGAUUCUCUGUCUGGGAUCCAAGAAAAAAUCCUUGGGACCGUACACAUCAGAUGCCAAUUAUUACACCUGCCUAUCCUUGCAUGAACUCAAGCUACAACGUCUCUGCAAGUACUCUUCGAGUUAUGACAGAACAAUUUCAAUUCGGUAACAACAUCUGUCAGGAAAUUGAGCUGAAUAAAGCUCAGUGGACUACACUGUUUGAGCAGUAUCCUUUCUUCGAAAGCUACAAGAACUAUUUGCAAAUUGACAUAGUUGCAGCUGAUGAUGAUGACUUGCUUGUGUGGAGAGGAUGGGUCGAGUCCCGGUUAAGGCAGCUUACGUUGAUGAUAGAGCGGGACACAUAUGGGAAGUUGCAGUGUCAUCCUUAUCCCCAUGAGUAUGUGGACCCCUCCAAACAAUGUGCCCAUCGCGCUUUCUUCAUGGGUUUGCAGAGGAGGCCAGGCGAGUUGGUUCAAGAAGGCCAGCAGUUUGAUAUUCGCGGGACAGUUGAUGAGUUUAGACACCAAAUAAACAUGUAUAUGUAUUGGAAACCAGGAAUGGAAAUGUUGGUCUCCCAUGUUCGUAGAAAGCAGAUUCCAUCUUAUGUUUUACCUGAUGGCUAUAAGCAAAGCCAAAUAGCAAGGGUAAUGAGUGGUCAGCUGGCAGAGAAACCAUCCUGCAGCGGUAGUAUAUGCAGGUCAAAAUCUGGAGAAAGAGGGUUGAAAAGGAAAAAAGAGCUUGAAGGUGCAGAAGAGAAGCAACAGAGUCAGGACAAAAGACCAUCGGUUAGCCCUCCAAGAAGGGAUUCACUCUCACCUGAACUUAUUGUUGGUCAGAAAGGUGGCAUGUUCUUACAACAGUGUUCCUCGACAGUUUCUGGAGGGAAGAGAAAGAGUGAUGAAAUUUCAAAUAAUUUCACCAGUGAUAAGAUGCAGUUUGCUAUUCUGGACAAAGAUACCUGCGCUGAACCAAGUAAUUCACAAGGAGCACAAUGUGCAGAAAGCGCUGAUGGAUGUGUCCACCGUUCUAGUGGUGUCACAAACCUUGUAGAGGCUGGUACAUGUGAGGAUCCUGCGCAUGAAUUGCUCCAACUCAGCCAUGGCGGUCAUCCAGUGGGCAGUACUGGUUGCAUCUCUCUCUAUUCCUCUCAGGGCGACUUAUACAGGGCCGAGUCCAAGUCACUAUCAAAUAAUGUAUGUGAAAAUGGUUCAAGAUCUUUUGGAGAUGCGUUGCUGGAGUUAGAGCCAAGAGCUCCGCGUGGAAUGUUAACAUCACUGGAUAGCAUUGGAUCAGAGCCUGCGCAGAAAUCUUCUAUAAGGUACAGUGUUACGUCAACAGCUUGAAAGAAGUGGAGCUUCAUUUGCGAAAGUCCAUGCUGGAAACAAUGCCAGUCGAGGGAUGAAAAGCCAGCUCAACGGGGUAAGUAUAAUGUUACUUGCUGGCUUUCAUUUCUCUAUGCUUCUUUUUUUCCAGGAGGCUUGCAUUUCUAAUGUUGGGAGUGAGCCUGAUACUUGGGUGGAGAGUUCCAGGUAGAAUAGUCCUGUGGACUCCUGUACAGUUCAGUUUAUGUAAAAAUACUAGGGACAGUGCUGGAGAAGAUUGAUCUUCCUGCAUCAGUUCCAAUUGAUCUUUCUUUUCGUUUGGGGGUGGGUUGGGGGGCGGGGGUUAUAGCUUUGCUGGAAUUAAUGAGUAGAAAGCUAUGCUACGUUGGGGCGGGUUAUGAGAAAGGUUAGGUGUGCUGGGUUUACUAGAAGCGGGAUUCACAGUACAUUUGUUCCUUGAAAUAGUUUUUGUAUACUCGAUUACAGUUAAUGACACCAUAUUUCAGUCUCUGCGUUUC